AUGGUUCACAAAAUUUUAGAACUUUACAGUGGAAUAGGAGGCAUGCAUUGUGCUUGGAAUGCUUCAGAAUUAAAUGGCGAAAUAAUUACUGCUGUUGACAUUAAUACUGUAGCAAAUGAAGUAUACAAAUAUAAUUUUCCUAACACUCCACUAAUAACGAAGAAUAUUCAGUCUCUCUCAUAUGAAGACAUUAAGAAAAUGAAUAUUUAUUUUGAAGAAUUAGAUAAUAUUGAAUACAUUCUCAUGGAGAAUGUUAAAGGAUUUGAAUGUUCUACUGUAAGAAAUUUAUUCAUUAAUAAAUUAAAAAAAUGUAAUUUUGUGUAUCAAGAGUUUCUAUUGUGCCCAACAAGUGUUGGUGUACCAAACUCUAGGUUAAGAUAUUACUGUAUAGCUAGAAAAAACACAUCAGAAUGGAGUUUUAAAAGGACAGAUGAAAUUAUAACAAAAUUGCCAAAAGAAUAUGGUGGACCUCAUACAUUGGAAGAAAUUCUUGAAACAAAUGUCCCGGAAAAAUAUUUGCUAACAAAUAAUUUCUUAAAAAGAGCAUAUCUAUUAGAUAUAUGUUAUAAACAUUCGAAAAGAUCAUGUUGCUUUACAAAAUCUUACACACAUUAUGUUGAAGGUACUGGCUCCGUUUACACAGACUCGACCCCUGAGGAAGUUGAAAACUGCAUUAAAGAAGCAAAACAAUAUGAAGUCGGCAAAGAAGAAUAUGUUAACAGAUUUCAACAGUUGAAACUGAGAUUCUUUACGCCAAAAGAAGUAUUAGCAUUAAUGAUGUUUCCUAAAAGCUAUAAAUUCCCUGAGAAGACAACCACAAAACAGUGUUACCGAUUACUUGGUAAUAGUGUCAAUGUAAAAGUUAUAAGCGAAUUACUCAAACUAUUGUUUGAAUAA